AUGAACGAUGAAGCGUGCAGGUUAUUUGAGCGAGUUUCCCGAAAGAUGAGUUGGAGCGGAGACAAUGGAGUGGCCAUAGAAGAAAAUAAGUGGAAGAAUGAGAUCGGGAAGCAACGCCGUAAUGUCCCAAGUGAAGAUCAUUUUGUUGACCGAUCAGGGUCACCUAUCUAUUGCUCAUCCGAUGAUGAAGACAAAGAGAACCAGGGCAUCAGGGGCAAAGCGUACAUAAAGACUGACUUUAAUGACUCCAGUGAUGAUGAAUUUGACCAAUGUCUUGUGAAGUGGGCCACCCCAAAAUGUAACCCUGCUACAAAGAAACCAUGCAGUACUGUGAAGAUAGAUUGUGUUCUUGUGAGCUCGGAUGAUGACAGUGGCAAUUUUGAAAAAUUCCUGCAGCGUGUGAAAACUCCUUCUUCCAAGCCCAGGAAAAAAUCAGAGAGUGAAAGUGAAGACAGCCUUGAACAUUUCAUAGUGGAUGAUGACUUAUCAGAUGACGACUUCAUUCAGACAAAAUCAUCCUUUCAAGUGGCGAAGAAAAAACAAACUCCAGCCACGCAAAACAAAAUCAGGAGGCCACUGUCAGACUGUGCAUCCGCAACGUUAAUCAGUGACAGUGAGGAUGAUAGUGUUUUUUGCAAGAGCACUUGGAGGACUCGCCACACCAAGCCUACAUCUCUGCAGAAAACUAAUAAGAAGAAACCAGUGCCCUGUGACACAAAGGAUAGUCGAACAUUACUCCUCAGCUUUCCUCAGCCCUCUCAACGUACCACAGCAUCUCUGAAUUCUCCCACCCGUACUAUUUCAGUUCCUUCCAAGCUAGAGAACUCAUCUGGUUCAGAAGAGGAGUUUGUGUCGUUACUGGAUAGAAUUAGAAAGAAAAAUAUAUUAACUGGUUCUACAUGCUCUCCUAACACAAUCAAAGAUUGUGGACAGGACCCUCCUGUGUCAUCUUCACGUGUAAAGGAGCCGACUAAACCCAGGUCAGUAGGUGGAGAAACUGUGGAUGCAAAGACUCCCGGGGAAACAACCAUAUUAAAGUCAACAGUGAGUCAAACUGAGCCCAGACAUGGCCCAAUCAGCAGAUGGCCAUUGUGUAAAACUCCAGGUUGCUUCUUGGAAACACUAUCAAAUCCCACAUCCAGUUACUGCUACAAUUUUAAGCAAAAAAAGGAAGAUCUCACGAGCAAAUUGUACAAUUUGUACAACGCAAGUGUGUUUGACAUGAAGCUCCCCGUCAAUAUGUCUGUGACUUGGAACAAAAAGAUGCGCAAAACAGCAGGCUACUGUAUCACCGGACAGGAGCGAGCUGGAGGGAGCCGUUACGCACGCAUUGAACUGUCUGAGAAAGUCUGCGAUUCUGCAGAUCGCCUCCGAGACACACUCAUCCACGAGAUGUGCCACGCUGCGACCUGGCUGAUCAACGGUGUGAGAGAUGGGCACGGACGCUUCUGGAAGCUGUACGCUCACAAGUCCACCUUGGUGCACCCCGAGCUGCCCAUGGUGACUCGCUGUCACAGCUAUGACAUCAAAUACAAAUUUCAGUACAAAUGCACUCGCUGUCAGAACACGAUCGGACGUCAUUCCAAAUCUUUGGACACUCAGAAGUUCGUGUGUGCCCUCUGUACCGGUAAACUCGUCCUGCUCACACCAUCCAAACCUCGUCCUCCUACGCCAUUUGCCAAAUAUGUGAAGGAGCAUUAUGGGUCAGUCCGCAAGGGUCUAGUAGACCAAAAGCAUGCGGAAGUAAUGCGGAAACUCAGUGCAGACUUUGCUUCUAAGAGUAAAUUGACUGACACAAAUAGUUGA